GCUCACACCCAAGAGAUGUGAAAAUCAGAAAACUCCAAAAGUAAUAUGGUUUUAUGCUUACCAAAUAACACGAAAUGUAAUAAUUGAUGGUGCAGCUUGCAGUGCUUGCUGCAGUCUCCAGGAAACCCAUAAAAUCAAGUAAAAAUGUCUGAUACCUCCGUAAAAGCUUCUGACCCUGCAAAAUAUUCACCACUCAGCUGGGAAUUGUGUCCUCCUGAACUUCUGUGUAUGAUAUUCAAAAACUUAAAUAGUAAAGCUUUGCUGGCAUGUAUGGCAGUAAGCAAAAGAUGGAAGGAUAUUGUUAUGGACUAUAUUGAGUGUCACAAACUAUGGGAGAAGAUGGUUCUAGAAGAAAUGGUGAACAAAGGCGGCACAUUCCGAAGAAAGUCCAAACUGAAUGACAAAGGGAUCCUAAUAAAUUCAAAACUGUGGAAUUCAGUCAGCAUCGCUCAGAUAGAAGUUUAUUAUACAUACGAUUCAGAGGACUUUAUAAAGAUGCGUGUGUAUAAAGACAACCUCAUUUUGUUAAUGGAUAAUGACAUAAACUACUUUGACAUUAAAGAGAAGGAAUUGCGGACAUAUAAUGACUCCUCAAUAAACCUUGCUGAUUAUUAUGAGAAUGAAUAUAUGGCUGUUAUUUUGGAGCAAUUUGAAGGGAAUGAAGCUGAUCUACGGUUGUAUGGGAAAAGUAACCCAGAUGACACCAGUUUCAAUGAGAGUUUUAUGUAUAUCAUGAAUGGUAUUUUACUCUUCAAAUUGGAAGACAACAUUUGCUAUAUUAUCACAAAUAAGUACAUCGUAUGGGCGCUCAUUUGGCACAAGGAAACAUGGCAAGUUAGACUCAAGGGUCGUUACUACGGCAGUGCAUACGACACAAUAUGUGCUAUGCAUGUGUCUAACAAGACGAUUUCCAUGGUAACCAAGAGCGGUUUGAUACUCUGUGAAGAUCCGAAUUCAAAGAAGUUUGACAAAGCACAAAACUUCCGUACUCAACUUUGGCCAAACAAUGCUAAACAUUGCGUGUUGUUUAGUCUGUCGGAGAUUGUUGUGUCAGUGGUUGGUGGUAGCCAUCGAAUAGAAGCGUACCACGACUCACAAUUGAAGCGCACGACCGUGCUGUGCGCGGAUAUGACGUGCGCCACUGAACACGGAGAAGUUUUGCUUAUCGGAUACAAGGAUGGGGCGGUUGCAAUUUGUUUACUAAAAGACCUGAAAAAUAAUCAAAAUAAGCCCCAAAGGUUGUUGCAAAUUCAGGACUUUGACCGGGAUGUAACUGACACCGCCAUAUUAGGGCUCGAGGUUUACGAAGAUAAAAUGUCACAUCAUUUGUUUGUGGCCGUGGAAGACAAAGUUAUACAGUUAUUAAUCACCUAUCCUAAUACAGUUAAACAGUAUUAUGAAUAAUUUAAUUUUAAAAAUCUCAAUUUUAGAUUUAUGUCAAAAACGUGUCAUUUUAUUUAAGGUUUACAUAACUUUUUAGUAGCCCAUCAAAGGGUAUGUGAUACCUAAGUUAUUUAUUCUAAAAUAAGUAGUAAGUAAAUAUACUUAAGCUAUUCGAUGGAUUUUUAACAUACUUAAUACUUUUAUCAUGCAUGAAUUAAUAGAUUGAUCGUAAAUAAGUUUAAUAAUUAAUCAAACACUCUUUGUAAUUUGAAAUUUAUUAUCCAACAAACAAUGUACAAUCCGAACAAACUAUCUUUGGUAUAAUUGACUCAUAAUAUCAAGGACAAUACAUGUAAUUAUAAAGAAAAUAAAACUACGUAGUUCACUGAAAUAUUGCACAAUUGGUAGCCUGCAACAGUUACAUAAUAUAAUAUUAAUUAAAUAUUUAACACAAUAUCUGUAGUAGAAUAUAAAUAAAACUGGUUAAACAAACAACUUUUUAAAUACUGUAACAUAAUAUUUACAUUUCAUGAUUAAGUACUGAUUCAUUAAAGUAGAAUUUGUGUCAUUUGAAAUCAAUAAAGUGAACAUAUAAAAUA